GAACUAAAAAAUGAAAUGAGUGACUAUGAAUGAAAAGGACAAAGUAAAAACAUAGUCAACAUCAUUUGACUCUUCCCCUUUGUGUUCGUGAAACAACAAAGAACUCAGUCCAAACAAAUUCACUCAUCUUCAUCCAUCACCAAUCCUCCCAACAAUGAAGCGAAAGAAAUGGUCAGAACUCGAAGAACAAACCCUCUUAACAAAAUACUCCGAACUUCACCGUUCAGGAACACUCCCCAAACUCAAAACCCGUGAAAAAAAGUUCAAACCAAUCGCCGAUCACGUCAACGCCGUUCACCAUCUUCACGAUCCAACCACCUUCCCUUUCAAAUGGUCGUGGCGCGACGUUUCGAUCAAAGUUCAAAACAUGCGUCAUCAGUAUAUUGGUGUUAAACACAAGAUUCAAUCCAAUGAUCAUGGUUUCAAUUGGAAUGAUGGGGUUAUUCAUUGGGAGAAUUUUCUUAAUUAUAAACGUGUUUUUGGUGAUGUUAAAAUUCAUCCUAAACCUAAACUUAACGAUGGGUUUGAGACUGAAAUUGAUGACUCUGAUGAUUCUGAUGGUGAUGAGGACCAUGACUGCGAUGGAGAUGUUAGUGAAGAAGAAUUGAAGAGAUUGGGAGUUAAGGUUUUGAAAUUGAGGGAGGUUAUGGUGAAGAGAGAAGAGAGGAAGAGGGAGAGGGAGUUUUUGAAGGAGAAAGAGGAGUGGAAAAGGAAGGAAUUUGAGUUUUCAAGUGGAAAAGGCGAGUGUUGUUGUGGGGAGAGGGAAUUGGAGUUGGAGGCAAUAUGGGUGAAGAAGGAGGUUGAGAAGAGGGUUAGGUUAGAGAAGGAGCUUGAGGAGGAGAAGAGGAGGAGGAGGAAGGUGGAGGAGAAGAUGGAGGAAGAGGAGAUGGAGUGGAGGGAGAAGAUGGUGGCUAUGCAGAUUGAACAUGAGAAGCAGAUGAUGCAGAUGCAUGCUGAGGCGUGUCAUAAUCAAAUGCAGGUGCUUGGUGUUAUGGCGAGAAUACUUUGUCAGUUUUUUGGUUCGGGGAAUGAUGGGUUGGGUGGUGCUGGUUUAGGGACAUUGCCAACUCAGGUGUUGCAUCAUGGUGGUGGUUUGGGGAAUGUGAAACCUGAUGCUAGUUCGCCUUCAGAGUUCAUGUAGAAAUCUGUUUUGUCAGUUGUCACUUGAAUUCGAAUCGUGAGUACACACUGUUCUUUUUAGUUCUGUUUGAAUGUUAAAUUUCUCAAGAGCUGAAAAGAAUGAUUAUUCAUUGGAAUGCUGCUUUCCUGGAUCGAGCAAUGCCAUUUCUGUUUUUCUUGUAUUAGUUAGAUGAUUCUAAAAUUCAGCAAUUGUAUCAUUUUUCGUAAGCUUUAGAAGGAAAUGUCUGAUUCCAGGGAAGAGGGAGAAAGGGAAUGAACUGCUAGAUGGCCCCAACGAACAGCUGAGCAUAUUUAUCAAUUUUCUAAGCUUUAAAGGGCGAAGAGGGAGAAAGGGAACAGGAAAUGUCUGAUUCCAGGGAAGAGGGAGAAAGGGAACCGGAACAUGGUUUUAAAAACCGGCUCGGACUGCUUGAUAGAUCCAACAUGAAAUAGCUAAGCAUAUUUAUCAAUUUUCUAAGCUUUAAGAAUAGUAUUGGAUUUGUAGCCUACCGAAAAGAUGUAAAAAGCAUUCUGUUAGUACUUGGUAAUUUGAAAAUAGAAGUAAAUUGUGUUCAAAUUUCCAUCAUUUUUUAUCUGUUUCAGAGUUUCUGCUGUUAAUUGUGUUGGUUAGUGUCUAAGUUGAUUCAUGUUUUGCUUUUAUUUUUUAGCUGGUGAUUAUGGAACUGUAAACAUUGCAAAUUGCAAUAGAUUAGAAUUGUGAUUGUGUC